CGCGGGAAGAAACCGGACGAUAAGUGCCUGAAAAAAUCGAAUAUUUUGGUGUUCCAACAACCGAGCGGGAAAAAGACGGAGAGGAAACACGGCGCGUGCGAGAAAAAGAUGCCGAUACCUAUUUGCAUGCCAAAACCGAAACCGAUCCACAUCUGCACCGGGGCGGAGCUUAGAAAAAUGUGCCCACCCCCGGCGUGUCCCCGCCCCCGCGCCAGCCCCUUCGCCUCCCAACUCGGACCAAUGAAAUUUCUCGGUUUCGGCCUGAAGGCGGCCGUAGCCGCCGCCCUCGUCUACGUCACGUACGACAUGGGCGUGUGGGGCGGGUCGGACGACGCGCAGCAAUUCUACAGCGACGCGUGCGCCCUCUUCGGCCAGCCGAAACCGAGGCGGAGCGAUAAGUGGGACCCGCCCUCGUGCGAAGCCGAAAAGGACCUGUUUCCGAGCAAACCGAGGCACGGGGCGUUCGACUACUGCGACGACCCGCCGAUCAAAGUCGACGACGGCUACUGGAAACUGCAAUCGACCUGGAACUGCGCCGUAAUGCACGUUUUCCGCGCCCUGGCCGGGUUCCCCGGCAACCUGAUGUCUUCAAAACCGAUAAAUAAAUAAAACCACCCGGGAAUAAAAUUUAUUUAUUUAUUUUUCGAAUAAAUAAUUUCUAGAAAAUUAUUGUCUUAAUAAUGUUCACCUGACUCCGGGUGGUCAUAGUAGUAGGGAUGGGGCCUGUAAAUUAAAAUAAAAAAUAAUUAAUAAAAAAUUUUCG